AUGCGUGGAAAGACAGAUGGAGUGUGGAGGAACCGGUGCAGAGGGAGUCCAGGGGGGGGAGAGGUCAGCGAACCCCAGAAAGAGACUUCAGAUGGGGUACGCCGAGUGCAGGGCGAGGGGGUGAUGGAUGGAGGAGGCUCUAGCAUACGGCCGCCCGCGAGGCCCAGGACGGAGCGGAGUGAGAGCAGAGAGUGGGACUGGGAGCAGAGGGGGUUCUCGCUCAGUGCAGAAGUGACACUGACAAACUGCAAAUGUGUCGAGGAGAAUCAGUGUUUGAGGCGACAGAGCGGGGACGACGGCGCAUUUACAGCUCUGCUCUUUAGACACGGCUCCAUCUGA